CCUUCACUCUGGAACAAUCAGUGGGCCAGUACAUCACCGAGCUCCAGGUGUCUCUGGAUGAAGCUGAAGAGACGUAUCUUAGCAGUCAAGGUUUCAUCAAAAUCGAUGUUGAGCUGAACAAAGGAGCUGAAGGAAAAUACAUCUACCUUUGGUACAAAAAAAAGGCAGCAGCUCACCAAUCACCAGGAUUCAGCUUACAUUCAAUCAUGGCAUGAGCAGGGGUCUGAUCACUGCAGGUUACCAGAAGAUUAACAAGAACCUCAAUGCCGGAACAAGCGGAGACAACAUCUACCUGUGGUACUACAGAGGUAACUCAGAGUACGAUGUUCCCAUUGUGAACCUUCAUGUCUCUAUAGAAGCAAGAGAGGAAGCCCAGAUGUUUGCAUUUGGAUGGGAGAGACUGGCCUGUGAUCUGAACCGGAAAGCUAGAGGAAAAUGGAUCUACCUGUGGGUGAAGAGGGAGAGACCAACCUACAUCUGUGACAUCACUGCCAAUGCUGACUAUGAUGGAGAUGCUGACUACUUCCAGAACGGCUACAUCAGAGUGGAUGAAGAUACCAACAGAGGUGCAGGAGGAUCCUUUGUCUUCAUCUGGUACCGUCAGACCACUAACUCUCAAAGAGCCAUCACAGAUCUGAAGAUCUCCACUGAUGAUAUAGACGAGAUAUUGUUUCAGUAUAUGGGCUUUACAAGGGUAACUACUGAUCUAAGCAAGGGGGCAGGAGGAAGUUACGUGUACCUGUGGUACAAGAAAGACUCCGGUCUUCCCAUUCGGGCGGUCUCUGUGAUCGUCAACACAGCAGCUGUGGAGCAGUACAGAUAUCCCAGGGUCUUCAUUAGACAAAAAAACCUCAACAGUGGGAACAAAGGUAAUACGCUGUACCUGACCUUCAGUUCGUUUUAGUAACAGAGCUGGGAAUGCUCACUGGGCAGAAACCAAAGAGUCUAUGGUGUUCCUGUUUAACCAGUUUGAUUGUUUUUCUUUCCUUUCUGAAAUGAUGUUCACCCACUGUGAUCUCAGAUCUUUGACUCCAACAAUGAUCAUUGAUCCUACAAUCAAUCUGUUUGAUUAGCUCUGUCUCACUGUAUUCUGAUGAUUGUCUCUGUUUCAAUAAAGUCUGUUCAGCAUGUGAAA